GCUAGGCUAGGCUUGCCGCCUGCACGGAUUUUUGGGGAAUUUCGCGCGUCAAUUAUUUUUUUGAUCAGAUUUUAAUGCACUAAAUUAGCGAAAUGGGUGCGUAUUUAUCAGAACCUGUGACUGAGAAAUUGUCUAGUGAUGAAUUCAACGAAAAACUUGAAUGCGGUGCAAGCUCCAUGCAAGGUUGGCGUGUCAAUCAAGAGGAUGCACAUAAUACUAUCUUGGACUUUGACGAGCAUACGUCACUGUUCGCGGUAUACGAUGGACACGGUGGUGCAGAGGUGGCUACGUAUUGCUCACAAAAUUUACCCAACUUUAUCAAAAAUACCGAGGCAUACAAAGGAGGAGAUAUGAUACAAGCUUUGAAGGAUGCCUUCCUUGGGUUUGAUGCUACUAUUGCCACAAAAGAGGUUAUGGACAUAUUGAAAGAAUUAGCAGGCGAAAUAAACCCUCCUGGUCCAAGUGAUAAUGAAGAGUCAGAAGAUGAAAACAUUAGUAACCUUUAUAAAGAUGCAAGACUGCCACUACAGGAAGUUUUGGCAAAAUAUGAAAACAAGUUGUCCACUCUUCACCGAGCUAGGCUUGGUGAUACUACAACCCCCAUGUCCCCUUGUCUGCGUGCAAAGAAAAAUGGAGAAGAAGCGUGUGGUUCAGGUGCUGGUGCAUCAAGUUCCAGUUCAGGAAUUGAUGUUGCAGGUUCAAGUUCAGAACAAGUUGAAGAUGAGGCUACGUCAAGCAAGAAUGGAUUGUCUUCAACAGAGGAAGGAAUAAAGACUGAAGAGGACUCUGGUGUGUCCUCCACAAAUUUAAAUGAAGAAGAUAAAGAAGUUAAUGGAGAGGUAUCUACUACUGACAAUAAAGAGACUGCAGACAAAACAGUCACAAUGGAAGUUGACAAGGCAAAUACACCAGACAGCUCAGGGGAAAAUUGUAUUCAACCAGAGCAGAGUGUUGAUUCUAAGUCAUCUGAAAAUGGACCAACCAUAUCUGAAGUCUGCAACGGGGAGGUGACUAAUUCAAAGGUUGACGGAGAAAAUAAUAUUAGCUCUUCAAAUGGUUCCACAACACCUAAGUCUGAAUCUUCAAAAGAGAAAGCAUCUACCGUCUCCAGCUCAAAGGUGACACCUGACAGGCCAAAAAAAGCAAUUCUCAGGCGCGCCGCUGCUGCAGUGUAUGAAACACUGAGGCAAAAUGCAGCCGAUGAUGACGAGGAAAGUGACUCCAAUGAUGAGACAUUCGAGGGUGGGGAGGUUAAUUCCUCUGAGGAAGAAAAUGUCAAUGGAGUUGAGGAUUCUUCUGAAGAUGGUGAUGCAGAGGAUGAAGAUGAAGAAGAAGAAUACGAAGCUGAAUCCAGUGAUGAUGAUGCUGAGGAAGACAUCAACAUGGUAGAGGAACCUGGCAAUGAUAGUGGCUGUACUGCUGUUGUAGCAGUUCUCAAAGGUAACUUACUGUAUGUUGCAAAUGCCGGUGAUUCUCGAUGCAUUAUAUGUAGAGAGGGAAAAGCAAUUGACAUGUCAGUAGACCACAAGCCAGAAGAUACAGCCGAGUUAGAACGGAUCACAAAGGCGGGUGGAAAAGUUUCAAAUGAUGGCCGAAUCAAUGGUGGACUAAAUUUAUCCCGCGCUAUUGGAGAUCACUCGUACAAGCAAAAUAAGGUCCUCGAUGCUAAGGAGCAGAUGAUAACGGCACUUCCGGAUGUAACAACACUUACAAUAGAACCUGAGAAAGACCAGUUCAUGGUUUUAGCUUGCGAUGGAAUUUGGAAUUUCAUGUCUAGUCAAGAUGUUUGCGACUUCAUUCUACCGAGACUGGCCGAAGGAAGGGAGAGGCUAUCGCAGAUUUGUGAAGAGAUGUUUGACCACUGUUUGGCCCCAAGUACGAUGGGAGAUGGUACAGGUUGUGACAAUAUGACAGCAAUCAUUGUGCGGUUCAAAGAAGGUGUUAUUGCUGACGUUGGACAAUACACAAAUAGCUCUGAGGGUACGAAGAAACGGGCAGCGGAUGAAGAACCCUGUGAUGACCAGCAAGAAACAAAGAGGCAAAAGGUUGAUGACCCCUUAUCAAGUUCUGACGUAACCUCAAGUGUUUAGGCCCUGAUUAUAUUUGAAACGGAAAGUGUUUAAGCUGCAAACAAGUAUUGUACAAUGGUAGAGACAUUCUAAUGAAAAAAACAAUUUAACAUCCAGAUAUUCGAUUUAAAACUAUUGUUUAAAGCAGUAUUAUUUUAAAAAUUUUCAUGUAUUGGUUCAAAAUUAUAAUCCUUUUUUUAGUAUGUCAUAGAAAUUGUCAUUUUAAAAUAAUACGUCUUUAAUUGAUAGUAGUAAGAUCCCUCAUAACAAAACUGGUAGCUACCACUCUUUAACUUCAUUGUGGGAUAAAGUAUCUCUUAUUCCUAAUGAAGAUAUAUAUGAUCAAGAAUUUGAUAGACCAAACAGUCUAUCAAAUUCUUCUUUGUAACAACAUUAUAUAUCAUUAUUUUAUGAUAAAAUAGUAAGUUUGUAGAUAAAAUAUAAACUUACUUUAUUAUAAUAUAAUUGGCAUCGUCUUUACUGACUAAUAUUAUCACAACUUCAAUUUUGCAUUUUUGUGGAAAUUAAUCCGACAAACUUUAUUAAAUUUAUUUUCACUUGGAUUUCAGUGGAUUGUAUUCUAUUAAACCGUCCAAAUAGGAUGUAACCUUCAACUCAAUCCUGUUGACAAACUAUCAUCGUUUGAUUAUUAUAAUUUACGUUAGUUGAUUUUUUGGUUUGAAAUUUCGUGUACAAAACUAAUCUUCACUUCAUCUAAAUGGAGAUACGCAAUGGGGAUAGUGGUUACUACAGACUCGCUCGUAUGUCACAAGUCUGAUUGAUAAUUGCGUCGUGCUGAUCAAGUUGUCUACAUUUUCGAGAUUGAAAAGCGUCGUAUGCUGUAAAAAUCUGUGAUCAGCGUAAAUCUACAGUUUUAGGUGACAUUCUGUUUAUUUUUCUUUAUCGCGAAGAUUUUGUUUUUUUGAAAUCUCUAUGCAAUAAGUGGUUUUGUAUCUAAGAAUCAGUGCCGUAAAGGUAUUCAUAAAACAAUCAGACUGCAUUCAUUGACUUUAAAGCACAUAAUUAUUGGUUAAAAUAUUUUCUUCGUAAGUGGAGUGUUGUCGCAAGUAUAUUAAUAUCAAGCAAUAUUUUUCAAAGCAAUAAAUUACCCUAUAUCAUCCCUGAUUAUUGUGAUGCAUUCCAUUCAGUUCAGAAAAUAUAACCUUGCAUCAAUUACUUGAUCUUAUAAUAUUAUUAUAUAAUUAAAAUCGAAUUAUUAUUUGAUUUGGUUUCAUUAGAAAAAACAAGCAAAUUAACUUUUUAUUACAGAUGUAACAAUCAGUGAUAGACUAAGCUAAGGUUAGCUGCAUUAAUAAAUUAUUAUAGAACUGACUUGUUAGUAGAUAAGAAAUAAUUAUAAGCUUAUGGUAGUAGUCUUAAGGUUCUUUUAUAAGUUAAGAAAGGACUAUGAAUAUCAUGGAGUUUUUCUGUUUUGUGGGUGAGGCAUAUGAUUUUUUCUUCCAAACUUAUUUCCAUAUCACACUUCAAUUUCCCUAACGUUGUUACUUUCGUUUUUAGAGGAUAAAAUUAAUCGAAGUGCUAAUUUCUUUUGAAACUAAAAGGGCCCUAACUACUUUUUCAGUUAAGCAUUUAAUCAUAAUAUUUUUCUUUAACAAUUAAAAAAAGGUAACUAAUUUUGUGUCCUCUUGGUGGAUUGGUGAAACAAUAAUAAAUUAUAUUAUGGAGGUAUGUUCCUAAAAAAAUGUACUAAAUUAAUUUUUCGAAUCAGUGGAGUGAAUUGAAGUAUAAUGAAUUCAUUAGUUAUUAUUAUAAUGCAUGUUAUUCCUUAGUCACAUAAGUAGUCAUAUUUUUGUAAUCACAGAUAAUAAUUGUGGUAAAGUUAAAGGUGUAUACAUAUUUUUUCAGUUUAUUAUUCAAUACAGAAGUCCUCAGUAUAAAUUGUUUCAAGUGUGAUUUAAUUAAAAGAAAUACAUUUUUACAG